AGUUCGUAUAUAAAAAUACAAAUGCACAACGCAUCUUGUCAUGCAGAUGUCAAACUGCUCUCUGUGCUUUCUUCUUCCUUUCCGGUUCGCUUUAUGAGUUACGAGGCAUUUCUGAUGCGGCGCGCGCGCGCAUUCUGCGUUAUGUAUCCAAUCCAUAUUCUGUAGGAUUUCAUUUUUUACCGGCGGAAGAAGAUACAGUAGCCUUUCCCAGGCAGUCAAAGUUCGAAACACAGCUCGGCAAUAUUUUUCAAUGUGAUUACAUGUCUUCUGUUAUAAGUUGGUAUUAACAUUUUAUGAAGAUGCAUUUGACGGGUGGUUCUUGACGGCGACAUUGCCAAGAAACUAUAUUUGGCUGAUGUCUUACAUCUAAAAAGAUACUCAUUUGCCUGAAAAUAAACUGGUAGGUGCUCAGCAUUUUCCGGCGUUGAUCAACUUGUGGAUCAGUCCGUAAUUCAUUAUAAUAUAUUGUAUCAUUCCAAAAUCUUCUCAUCAUGUCGACUAUGUUUGUGAAAUUUGAUAAAAAGGAGAAAAAGCCACGGAAGAAUGCCAAUUUAACCCAUGCAGCAUCCAAAGACAGAUCCCGUUCAUCAAGUGUAGCGUCACUCGACGUCCAUGCCAUCCCAAAGAACCACUCUCGUGUCAGCUUAUCCCACAUCCAUAGUUCAGAGUUCAAUUUGCGCGGCUAUCUGGAAUCCACGGGUGUCAAUGUGGACGCGUCAAAAAGCUAUGUCCGCGUGGAGGAUUCGACGAUUCGCGGCUACUUACAAAAGCUAAGUCAUCGCUGGAAAGUCUGGAACCGACGCUGGUUUGUUCUCGACUGGCGGGCCGGAACUUUGAUUUACUACAAGACCAAUAAAGAGCACGGCUCCGCCCAGGUUAUCCCAUUCCGUCACAUUAUGGGCGUUUCCACCGACUCUUCCUCCAGAUCAGAGCCCAAGUUCUGCUUGAAAACCACACAAAAGAGCUACGUCCUCAUGGCGCCCACAGCGGAAGUUCUGCGUAUAUGGCUGGAUUUUCUUAUGCUGGUUAUUGACAACAAAGACAAAUAAGUCUGCACCGCACAGCCGGCUGUCUGACUGCACAUUGUUCCCCGUGUAUAUUUUGGGAGUUUAUAUGGCCAAAAACAUAGCGUUAUCAACGUGGUGUCAGCAUUUAAAAAACACGAUUUGCAUAUUUUAAAAACUGGGCGAAAAAUCGUGCACAGCUUGUUCUGCUCUGUAGUGUUGAUUCCUGAACCGGAAAAUGUUCUAUUCCACUUUAAUACAACAGACAGUUUUCACUGUUUUGUGCGGCGUUUGACAAAAUAUGUUAUUGUUUCAUAAUGCAAGAUGUUCUGUUAGACCUUGGCAGUCGCUGUUUCUUAAUUGCAAUCUGUAAUAAACUACUUUUACUUUGA